AAAGCAUCCACGCUUCGAGACUGUUCCGAGAGAUGAUCGCUCGUCCAAAAGUCAGCCGAAACGAGUGGAAAACGGCAGAGAUCGGAGCCUUUGAAGUUGGGAAUUUCGCUCUCUUUUGCUGCCCUAGAAGUCGCGGUUCGUGUCGACCUUGACCUCGGACCGGCUCGCGUGCGCGAAGCCCCAGGGGUUCGUCAUGGGCAUGGCGUAGAGGACCCGCUUCCGCGCCAGGAGACCGAGCCAGCGGAGCCGCGCGGCGCCCGCCGCGCCCGCGCCGAGGCUCGCGACGCGCCGACGGCGAGGAGCCGCAGGAACGCGAAGGUCGACAGCGGGCCGACGCGCUCGUCGCCGUGGAGCGCGCCGCUCAGGAAGACCUCCGCGCGCGCGCUCGCGUUCGACCGCGGCGCCGCGCCCCCGCCGCGCUCGCCCGCGGCCGUGCCCGCGCCGCGCGCCGCCGCGGGCAGGCUCCCAAAGUCGGACACGACGACGACGACGUGCUCGCAGCUCCGGUGCUUCGACCCGCAGGUCCCCGCGACGCCCGCGCCGUACUGGCCCCGGUAGGCGUCCGACGCGAGGAAGACGCGCACGAAGCGCGGGUGGGCUUUGGCCAGCGCCUGGAUGUCGUCGUACAUGCGGUCGUAGGACACGUCGGCGUAGCGCUUGCCCCGGGACGUCGCCAGGAGGUCGCCCAGGCCCAGGAGGGCCGCCAGCCGCAGCCAGAGGGCCGCCAUCGCUUCGCCUGCGAUUGCACGCUUUUGCGGACGACGAUGUCCUCGUGCGCGCGCCUCUAGAUGCCGCCGAAGAAGGACGCGGAGGUCGACUACAAGAUCGCCUGCCACCACACGCUGUCGGCCGACGGCACGGUGCUCAACAACGACGAGCCGGCGCCGCCCGAGUUCAUCGCGUGGCACGAGGCGAAGACGUCGCUGCGCGCGCCGUCCGGGGCCGCGACCUGGAAGCUGAGCGAGGUGAACCUCUUCUUCCUCUCCGGCGGCGCCAUCGCGCCGGCUAAAUAAGACCCAUGGCCGCGCUGAGGUGGGCCGCCGUCGCCCUCGGCGGCGCGCCCUUCGCGGUGUCCGUCUACGCGCUGCGCGGCGCGUGCGCGGCGGCCGCGGCGCCGGAGACGUUGCGCGCGGCGGCCUGCGAGGCCUACGCGGACUGGCCCGUCGUGGCCCUCAACCUCGUCUACUGGCCCACGUUCUGCCUGCUCUUCUGGGUCCACUCGCUCGCGGCGCGGUCGACGUGGCUCAUCGACCCGUACUGGACGCUCAUCCCGCUCUACGUCUACGGCUACUACGCGAGCCACCCGCUCGCGUGCGCCGCCGGGCCGCGCCAGCUCCUGGCGGCGGCGCUCCUCGGCGCCUGGAGCCUGCGGCUGAGCGGCAACUACUGGCGCCGCGAGCGCUACACGCCGGGCGCGCGCGAGGACUGGCGCUUCGCCGACCUCCGCGCGGAGCUCGGCUGGCUCUGGUACCCCCUGUCCCUGCCCGUGGCCUACGGGUCCCAGCAGGGCAUGCUCCU